UGUUAACCUCCAGUGAGUUGAGCUGUUCUCACAUCUGCGCCCCUCAUCGGUCCCCCCAGCUCCGUAUCCGCACAAUCCUCUCCGCGACCGUACGUCUCCGCCGGCCCACACUGAGCCCCAUCUCAACCGUCUGCUUAUGCUCAUAAGGGAACUCAACUUAUAUUUCAAACUUACAGUCAGGGAUUAAAGGCCCGGUGAUUAUGAGCCAUAAUAAUACUACCCAAAGCACCACCAUUCAAUGCAACUUUACAUCCAUCAGUCCAACUUCCAAACAUCCACAACACAGUUACGGGGGUGUCUGGAUCCUGUACAUGGUACCAGGUUUGGCCUUCCUGCUGGGCCUCUGUCUUUUCUUGCUGGUUCUGAAGACCCAGCCUCGGCGGAGAGCGGAGGCAAACGAGAUCGGAUGUGACAGAGCAAAGCAAGCAAAACAGAGCUUGAAUGGCAUCAUCUCCGACAGCUUGGACACAGGGGUGGUCCUCCAAAAAGCGAAGUCAGCAGAGACGCUGAGUUACGAGAACGUAGAAACGGGCAUCUACGAAAGUCAGGAUGCCCUUACUCAGUUCAGUGUGAACGACCAGAAAGAUUACAUGCUUCCAGAUGAAGACUACGAUGGAACACAAGGGAACUUCGAUAACCACUAUGCAGCUCAGCCCCUAACCGAAUCCGAGUCCUACGAAAACAUGGUGUGCCCGUUGUACGCAAGUACUAUCAAGAGGAAGGAGCAGCCUUUCGAGGGGGAUAACGAAGAUUAUAUUGACCCUGGUCAGAUGGUAUCAGAUGACUACCAUAUGCAGCACAGUGAGAGCCUAAAUGACAUAGAUGCGGAGUCGUACGUAGAUAUGGACCCACAACAUGAAAUCCACCCAGACUUCUACCCCGAGGAAGAUGGUAAAAUAGAAGGCGAUCGACUAUUACAUCCAGUGUUGAAUUCUUACGAGAAAAUGGUGAGCGUUGAUAUACCAGAUGUGGAGGAGGGAGUGUGGCACCAAGACCAAGGAAGCGGCAACUUCAGAGGAUACGUGUGAGCGUGCGACGCGGUGCCCGGCAAGACGUGCAAAAUAAACUGCACAAAAGUGACAGAGAAGAAGAGGGCGAGAGAUGGUCAAUGAUGAAUCAACAUGUUUUCCUGUUGAGUAGUUUUGCACAAUUUUACCAAAACAUAACCCAGAGUCAAGCGCUCAGCCAGGUCUAGGCAUGAUUUUUGGUGUAAAUAUUUUCUGAAUGAGGAAAAAAAUAUACUAUGUCCAAAUAUGUGUAUCUACAGGUGUCAUACAGCUGCCAUUUAUAUGUCAUUCAUAGAAACGUCCAUUUCCCCAGAUGCUGUGUGAACAGCUGGAAGGGGCAAUAUGGCCAAACCUCGUCACGUUCCUGUCACUCGGUCACAGGGAAACAUUUCCCUGAAUCUGUACAUUAUUAGAUAUGCAGUAUUACGCAAAGUUCUGCGCAAAAAUCUGGUUUCAGGUUGCAGAAUGCUGGUCCUUGUGACCACAAGGGGUCAGUAUUCCCAAGAUUAGUGAUUCCUAACCCGAUCCACAGGGAUCCCCAGACAGUCCUAGGGGGCUAGACCUUUACAAUCACCAACCCAUGCUGGCUCCUCUUGCCCACAGCAUGCAGGUAACUCAGGGAGAUCCACACUCACAUGAACAAGACCAGCUCAUCACAGGAAGGAUCACGACAGAUAGUUGUGUCCUUCUCACAUUAUGGAGCCUUGCCAGGCCAAACCAGGCCAUGCUAAGGGGGCCGACAUUUCUAUUACUGACGUGUUAGGUACAAAGUGCCAAAUAUCCCACUUAUAUAGCCACUUGUGUUAUAUCACACGUGUGUGUAAAAAUCCAAUUGUAAUUAAAUGAACGUAAUUGUAAUUUGUAAUAAAAAAAAAAAUCUAUUAAAUUAAGUGACAAGCUAAUUUAAAUGUGUAAAUCCA